AUGGGUGUCUGUGGGUCUGGCGGAGUAGUAAGUGGAAAAGUAUGUGACGAUGAGUUAAAUCGUAGGAAGAGGAAGUCUAAGAAAUGUCAAUGUGGUGUGAUGCUAUAUGGUAGCAUAAAUCAAGAGAAGGAGUGGGUGGUGAGGAAAGUAGUACUGAAACAUGACAAUCACGACCCUAUCCCUAGUCAAUCUAAGCUUGUGAAGGAGUACCGGAUGAAGCAUCUUACCUCAAGGGCUAGGAGGAAUUUGUUGAACUUCUAUGAUGAGGGAGUUCCUGUGUCACAGAUUCAUGGAUGCGUGGCCAUGGAGCGUAACGGGUUGGAUAGCAUGCCCUUAACUGCGAAAUACCUACAACAUGAGGUGUACAAAGCAAGGGGGUUGAAGAUGGUUAGGGGAGAUGCAACCGCUAUGAUGGCGUAUUUCCAGCACAUGCAGGCCACCACCAACAACUUUUACCAUGCCCAACGUGUUGAUGAACAAGGGCGAUUGAAAGAUGUGUUCUGGGUCGACGGUCGGAGUCUAGUUGCAUAUGCAGGGUUUGGAGAUGUUGUAUGCUUUGAUGCAACAUAUUUAACUAAUGAAUACGAGCUUCCAUUUGUCAAUUUCGUCGGUGUUAACCACCACAGCCAAUCAUUAUUAUUGGGAUGUGCAUUGGUAUCCCAUGAAGAUUGUGAUGCGUUCUCGUGGAUAAUUACACAGUGGAUUUCUAGUAUGGAUAAUCGAGCACCACUUGCCAUACUUACUGAUGAAGCGGCCGCAAUGAGAAAGCCUCUUGAGGAGGCAAUGCUUAAUACACGUCAUCGAUGGUGCAUUUGGCACAUCAUGAGGAAGAUUCCAGAAAAGCUUGGAAAAUGUAAAAGGUACAAGGAGUUCAAAAGCCAACUGAAGAGAAUUGUUUAUGAGAGUUUUACUGUGGAAGAGUUUGAGAGUCAAUGGUGUUCCUUUAUUGAAGAGUAUAAGCUUCUGAACAAUGAGGUGGUUGACUACCCUGUACAAUGA